AUGGACCCCAAUCACCCCAAUAAUCGCCUCAACCUCAAUUUCGGGUUCAAUGACCGUCCGUACACCGCCUCCAACCCCCGGGCAUACCCUACCACCCCGUCGACGUUUCCGCAGCCGAUGUACCCGAAUCAAGGUGGUCAUGAUUAUGUCGACGCCCAAAAUGCACAGAAUGCAUAUGGCCAGGGAUAUUUUGUGAAUAAUCCGUAUGCCCAGCAGGCUCCGCUUCAGCAGCAAUACAUGCACCCGAACGCCCCUCCACCACAGGCCGCCUAUCAAACACGCCCUGGUGGAUAUCAGCCAAAUGAUGGGACAAACGGGUUGAUUCAGCAAUUCUCAAAUCAAGACCUUGGUGGCUCUCCUCGUGGAGCAGGUGCUGGUCGCGGUCCCCCACCCGCCCAGCGCCCUCGGACUGCAGGGUCUCCCGCUGGAAAUCAAGGACCCGGACACCUGGCACCGUCUAUGGCUAAUCGGAGUCCCAAGCCGGCCGGUGAAGAAGAGGAAUUGGUCAGGUGCCCGGAGAAAUACUCUGAGAACGUUCACAAGAGAGGAAAGGCAGCCAAGGAGUUGGUCAAUGUUUUCUUUCGCGAGAACAUCGAACGCGCACGUGAUCGCAAUCUUCGUGCGGUGAAUCUCGACAAGACCUUUCAGAAUGCUUCCGUCCCGGAGGCCAGGAAACGCCAUGAGGCGGAGACCGUGGCUAAGAAGGAAUCCAAUUUCCUACGAUUUAUUCGAACCAGAGAAACUGUUUCAAACUUCCAGACUCUCAAGAUUAUCGGUAAAGGCGCCUUUGGUGAGGUAAAGCUAGUUCAGCGGAAGACAGAUGGAAAGAUCUAUGCCCUCAAAUCCUUGAUUAAGUCUGAGAUGUUCAAGAAGGACCAGCUCGCUCACGUUCGUGCGGAACGUGAUAUCCUUGCCGACUCCAAGGACAAUCCUUGGCUGGUGAAACUGCAUGCAUCGUUCCAGGACUUGGCUUAUCUCUACCUGCUCAUGGAAUUCUUGCCCGGAGGUGACUUGAUGACCAUGUUGAUCAAAUAUGAGAUCUUUUCAGAAGAUAUCACUCGAUUUUAUAUGGCCGAAUUGGUGAUGGCGAUUGAGGCUGUUCAUAAACUCGGCUUCCUUCACAGAGACAUCAAACCAGACAACAUUCUCCUCGACCGUGGUGGCCAUAUCAAGCUUACAGACUUUGGUCUAUCAACUGGCGGAAAGAAACAGCAUGACAACUCAUACUACCAACAGCUUCUGAAAAACACGUCCACUUCUAAAGAUAAGAAUCGUAAUUCAGGAUUCUUCAAUGACGCCAUCAACCUUACGGUCUCCAACCGUGGUCAGAUUAAUACUUGGCGAAAGUCCCGUCGUGCCAUGGCUUACUCAACCGUGGGAACGCCCGACUACAUUGCCCCUGAGAUUUUCAACGGACAGGGUUACACUUAUAUGUGUGACUGGUGGUCUGUCGGCGCAAUCAUGUUUGAAUGCCUUGUUGGAUGGCCGCCGUUCUGUGCUGAGGAAGCUACAGACACCUAUCGAAAGAUUGUCAACUGGAGGGAAUGCUUAUAUUUUCCAGAGGAAUUGACGCUCUCGCGCGAUUCUGAGCACCUCAUUCGAAGUUUCCUCUGUGAUCCUGAGCAUCGCAUUGGCCAGGAAGGCGGCCAGCACGGCGGUGCAACUCAGAUCAAAAGCCACCCAUUCUUCCGCGGAGUCGUCUGGGACCAGCUUCGCAAGAUCCGUGCUCCAUGA